AUGUCGGACGGAGAUGAUGUUAUACCAGGACAAAAUUGGAUUAUGUGUAACAUAUGUUGCCGUUCAGCGUCAACCUCACCUUCACGCAUUGCAUUUUAUCUAACAAAGUGCGGUCACAUAUUUUGUGGCAAAUGUUUAAUUGGCAUUGCGUCUUCCCGAGAUAUGGCUCGUGCAUGCCUGUACUGUAAGAAGAAGAUUACAAUUUGCAGAAUUAGUCGCGAUAUGCCUCAAAUGGUUCAGACAUAUUUUCGAUGUCCCAAAGAAUUAUUGGCUGAAUCAAUGGUUGAAAUUAUGCAAGUAAUCAGAUUUCAAACAAUGCAUGCUGCAUGUUUGGUGAAACGUUUUAACACAAUGGUUAAAAUUUGCAGAGAGCUGAUGAAUAAAGUUGAACUUCAGCAGCAUAACAACACAUCAGUCGACAGCAUGACCAUUCCCGUAUCGCGAUCAACUACUGCAACCAAAAAUUUGCAUUCGAUACGAAAUGUCGAGACGCCAAAAACAUCAGUUACCUCCGAAAGUAUAUCUAAAUCUGGUACGGAGUCAUCAAUUAUUGGAAAUUCGACUUGUUAUCUCAACGAGUCGGUGGUUGUUGACAUGGCAAAAAUAUCAAUAGAGAAUUCAGUGGCUCUUCGAAUGUCUCGUGAAAACUCAUCAACCUGAUGCCGAUUUGGUGCUUCAUUACAGGAUCGUCGAAGGAUUUCAAUGGAAAUGCACGGUGGUGAAAGUAAUUGUGCUAAUAGCAGAUAUAUUAUGUAUGAUACACAGUUAUCAAAAAUUAUAUCGUUUGAAAAUGUCAAGCGAUCAUUAGUCGAGCGUACGGCAGGAACAUUGCUACGACCGGUUGUUAUCGACGGGCCGUUGAUUGGCAUAAGUUACGAUGAAAAAUACACACUGGAUGAUCAUAUUGGCUGCCUUGAGAAUUACGUUCGAGAGGUGAAACCAACUCAGAUACGUCGGGGAUUCAGGAUUAUGAAACCAUAUCCGAUGCAAGCAUUGGUGAAGCUUUUGUUUUAUUUUAUUGCUCGUGGACAUAAGACUACUGCUUUCCUACCAGUCUUUUUUGACGAACGGUUGGAUGAAUCGUCCAGCCGCCAGUGUGCAUUAGUUAGUGAUCUGGAACAAUUUCGCGAGCUUAUACUUUUGAAGCUAAUUAAAUUCCUGCCGGAUGAAAAUUUUGCCAUUCAAUUAAAGUACCGUACCGCUGACUGUCACGGAAUUUUGGUUACAAGCGCGGCGGCAUUCUAUUUCAACAGUUCUAAUUUGCAUCGGAAUAAUCACUCGGAAGAGAGCAUUACGUCUGCCAAUGCAAUAAAAACUUCAUAUGAUUUAGUAUAUAACACGAUGCUACCCGAGAUGCUGUUUGAUAAUAGCAAGUUACCGGUUAUCAUACCGCUUUUCCGACCAUAUAAUCACAGAUUGAUUAUCUCUUUAGAUGUUGUUCGCUGGAAAAAGGUAUUGCAAGUUAAAAAGCAAGAAGCCAAUACCUCCCAAUAUAAGUUAUUAGUAGGCGAACAAUUGACACUUCAAACACAGUUUCAAUUGUUAAGCAAGCUGGUUUUAAUGCUGGAUGAUCAGUUUCCGUGUGGUCCACCUGAUGCUGAGAUUAUCCCACUUUUUCGGCAUGCACUGGGACUUGCUGACCAAGCCGUAUCUUCAAUGGAUCGAUGUAAAGAGGGUGACGAUGGAGAGCAGAUUAGGGAGGAAGUAGUAGAGAAAUUGCUGGGGACCGACUCAACACACUAA